AUGACCAGGUCCUCUAAGGGCAUACCAAUUGACCUAGACCUUGAAAUAGAAAGGACCUUUAGGAAGCAAAGGAAGGCUAGAGAGUUAGAGCUUCGGAUACCUGAGAAUCCUCCUGCCUCUUCUGCCACUGCAUCUGAUAUUCCUUUUGUUUCUAUACCUACCCCUGACUCAAACACAAUGGCGGGUAAUGGGAAUGGAAAUAAUGUAAAUCAUGGUCAUUUGGAUGGUAGAACCAUUAGAGAAUUGGCUGCCCCUGAUGUGCACUACCAGUCUUUAUGCAUUCAAUAUCCCCAAUUGGAUGCAACCUUUGAAUUGAAAUCUGGGCUAAUCCAUUUGCUGCCCAAGUUUCAUGGCCUUGCAGGUGAAGAUCCGCACAAGCACCUCAAAGAAUUCCAUGUUGUCUGCUCCACAAUGAGGCCACAAGGAGUUGAUGAGGAGCAGAUCAAACUUAGGGCCUUCCCAUUUUCAUUGGAUGGAGCUGCAAAGGAUUGGUUAUACUACCUACCACCUGCUGCCAUCACAAGUUGGGAUGGGCUAAAAAGGAUCUUUUUGGAGAAGUUCUUUCUAGCAUCCCGAACAGCCGCCAUUCGAAAAGAAAUUUGUGGCAUAAGGCAGAAUCAUGGGGAGACAUUACAUGAGUAUUGGGAGCGAUUCAAGAAACUCUGUUCUAGUUGUCCACACCAUCAAAUCAGUGACCAGCUGCUGGUCCAAUACUUCUAUGAAGGUCUUACUCCAAUGGAUAGGUAUUUGGUGGAUGCAGCUAGUGGAGGAGCCCUCUCUGAAAAGACACCAGUAGCUGCUCAGGAGCUAAUCUCCAAGAUGGCACAGAAUGCCCAACAGUUUGGUACCAGGUCAGCCACUCCCAUGAGACAAGCCAAUGAGAUUGGUGUUGCUGCCAUCAAUGACCAACAGAGGAUAGAGAACAAACUGGAGGAAUUGGCCUCCAUGGUCAGACAGCUAGCCCUUGAUAAAGGACAGUCCAAAUCUCAGCAGGUAUGUGGUAUUUGCUCAUUAUCCUCCCAUGGUACUGACCAAUGUCCUCAACUGCAAGAGAAUACAGAAGCUUGUGCUGGCAUUUUUCCAGGAAGACCCUUCCAGCCACAGCAUCAGCAGCCACAGCAACAAAGAUAUGAUCCAUAUGCUGCCACCUAUAAUCCAGGGUGGAGAGAUCAUCCGAAUUUGAGGUAUGGAGGUCCUUCCAACCAGCCAUUCCAGCCACAGCAACAGCAACCUCAGCAGCACAGAUUCAAUGCACAAAGACCAAGUCAAUCAAUGCAGCAACCCCAACCAGCUCCUAAAUCCGAAUCAAACUUGGAAGAUAUCAUGAAGCAGCUCGUUGCCAACAAUCUCCAGUUUCAGCAAAGGACCGACACUGCCAUACAAAAUUUGGAGACACAGAUUGGACAACUGGAAACCAACAUCAGUGAGCUACAGAGUCAAGGUUCGGGUCAGUUGCCUUCACAGCCAGUUUCGAAUCCAAGGGGCAAUGUAAGUGCUAUCGUUCUCCGCAGUGGCAAAGAGUUAAGCAGCCCACCCUCUCCAUAA